AUGUACAUCACUCUUUAUUAUAUAGUCACCCGCCUCCCUGACUCCCUUCGUGUAGUCACGGACCACUUCCUCUCAGUCUGUCCCACCACUCUCACUAAUGACCUCUUAGUGAAGGCCCUCCUAGCAACGGAGAAGAGCAUAGUCGCUGUAGGAGCCUCUUGUGGUGACCCUCGCACCCCCAUCUUUGAGGGGUGUUCUCCUUCCCCCCUUUUGCCCUCUGUCGCCUCUGCCGCUGCGGCCGACCUCGUUGGUCUUGAGUCGGUCGGUGCGGCGUCUGCCCCUAGCGCGAGACGCCGCUCUAGCAAGGGCAAGGGGGGCAAGGGCGCGGGUGGAGCUAGCGGGGGCGGUGGAGGUGGCGGUGGAGGCGGCGGAGGGAGUGGGGGUGGCGGUGGGAGUGGUGGCGGGCGUGGAGGUGUCGGUGGCAGCAGUGGAGGCGGAGGCGGCGGAGGCGGCGGCGGUGCUAGCGGAGGCGGCGGUGGUGGCGGAGGUGGAGGAGGCGGUGGUGGAGGAGGUGGCGGUGGUCGGGGUGGCGCUUCGCAUCGGAGCAGCCCUGGUGGUGGUCAGCGCCAGCAGCAGCGUUCUCGGGACAUUCCCCCCCCUCAGGAGCUCCGUGAGUGGUACGCGCAGCGUCAGCGUGGGCAGGCGUAG